UGUGUGUGUGAUGUUCCCUCCCCUCUGGAAGGAGUCUUCCAGCUCUUGCUACAUCCACAACCUCUUCUCCGCCUUAAUUCCCUUUGCUUCUUCCUUCUCUCUUUGGAAUCUCAGGGACAGAGUAGAAACUAAAUAAAAAUUGCAAACUAGGGGAAAACAUUGCCUUUCUUUAAUUUCAAGCUUCUUUCCCACUCCUCCUUUUCCUCUCUGGGCCCCUUGAGUCUCAGUAAAUGGUAACGGUGUUCCUUUCAAGAUGAGGUUAGCAUACUUUUUCUUUACCUUGCUACUUCAGGAUUGUUUUCUGUUAAGAAGGGUGUUCGCUCAAGGGUCAGAUGUAUCCAACAACCUGGUAACUUUUCAAGAUUGCCCUGUAGAUCUGUUUUUCGUCCUGGAUACAUCUGAGAGUGUUGCCUUAAGAGAAAAGCCUUUUGGGGCAUUGGUUGACAAUAUCAAGCAGUUCACCACACAAUUCAUCGAUAAGCUAAACGAAAGAUAUUAUCGUUGUGAUCGGAAUCUCAUGUGGAACGCUGGGGCCUUGCAUUACAGCGAUGAAGUGCAGCUGAUCAGUGGGCUCACCUCCAUGCGCACUGGGCGGUCUGGCUUGAAGGACCAAGUAUCCAAAGUAGUCUCCAUAGGGAAGGGCACUUACACAGAUUGUGCCAUCAAGAGAGGGAUUGAAGAGUUGCUCAUUGGAGGAUCCCAUCACAAGGAAAAUAAAUACAUGAUUGUGGUGACAGAUGGACAUCCUUUGGAAGGUUACAAAGAGCCCUGUGGGGGAUUGGAAGAUGCUGCCAAUGAAGCAAAGCAUCAGGGAAUCAAAGUGUUCUCCGUUGCCAUAUCCCCAAACCAUCUGGAAUCCAGGCUAAGUGUAAUUGCCACAGACCAAGCCUAUCGCCGCAAUUUCACAGCAACUGGACCAAGUUUGCGCGCACGUGACAUUGACAACACAAUUGACACUAUCAUUGACAUGAUUACAAAGAACGUGGAGCAUGAGUGCUGUUCAUAUGAAUGCCAGCCUGCUCGAGGCCCUCCGGGAACAGUUGGAGAUCCAGGAUAUGAGGGUGAAAGGGGGAAGCCUGGCCUACCUGGAAUAAAAGGAGAUGCUGGAGAACCUGGAAAUCAAGGAGACCCAGGGCCUGUUGGUUACCAAGGAAUGAAGGGAGACAAAGGUGAUCGAGGUGACAAGGGCUCAAGAGGUUCCAAAGGAAGCAAGGGAGAAAAGGGCAAGCGGGGCAUUGACGGCAUUGACGGCAAGAAGGGAGAGCAAGGAUUUCAUGGACUACCAGGAUGCAAAGGAUCCCCAGGAUUUGAUGGCUUACAAGGACCAUCUGGAUCAAAAGGAGACCCUGGUCCUUAUGGGCCCAAAGGAGGAAAGGGAGAGGCUGGAGUUGAUGGAAGACCAGGCAGGCGUGGAAAUACUGGAAGUCCUGGAGAAAAGGGUCCUCCUGGGUCUCCUGGGUCUCCUGGAAAGAAAGGAGAAAUUGGAGAUGAGGGAAAUCUUGGCCCAGAUGGCACUGGGGGAGAGAAGGGCAGCAAUGGAGAAAGGGGGGCACCAGGUACUCCUGGUAAUCGUGGAACAAGAGGAGGCAAGGGUGAUCCAGGCCCACAGGGUGAGCAAGGCCGUGAAGGACCCUAUGGACCACCUGGAGAACCAGGUGAAGCAGGCCCACCUGGACCUAAAGGGUACAGAGGAGACGAAGGACCUUCUGGGCCAGAGGGCCCUAAAGGACUGCUAGGGCCACCUGGAUUACCUGGAGACACUGGCCCAAUGGGUGACCGGGGAGAAGAUGGCCCACCAGGAAAUGGCACAGAUGGUUUUCCUGGAGUUCCAGGCUAUCCUGGCAGCAGAGGUGAUCCUGGUGUGAAUGGAACCAAAGGGCAUCCUGGUCCAAAAGGGGAUGAAGGAGAGAUUGGAGACCCUGGGAGAGAAAGCAAUGCAACUGGGAUCAUUGGCAUGAAAGGAGCCAAAGGAUACAGAGGACCAGAAGGCCCUCCAGGACCUCCAGGACCCGUAGGCCCUCCUGGACCAGAUGAAUGUGAAAUUUUAGAUAUCAUCAUGAAAAUGUGUUCUUGCUGUGAAUGCAAGUGUGGUCCUGUUGACGUUCUGUUUGUACUGGACAGUUCAGAGAGUAUUGGCCUGCAGAACUUCAUGAUUGCCAAGGAUUUCAUUAUUAAGGUCAUCGACCGGUUGCUCAGGGAUGAACAUGUCACGUUCACCCCAGGGGAAUCCCAUGUUGGUGUUGUGCAGUACAGCCAUGAUAAAACUCAAGAGCUUGUGGCCUUGGGAGAUGCCAAUAUUGAUAACAUUGGAGCACUUAAGGAGGCUGUGAAAAACUUGCGCUGGAUUGCUGGAGGCACCUAUACUGGGGAGGCUCUUCAGUUCACCAGGGACAAUCUGGCCCAGCGUUUUACUUCUGAAAAAAGAGUGGCCAUCGUCAUCACUGAUGGGAGGUCUGACAUCCUUCGGGACCAAACACCAUUGAGUGCUCUCUGUGGAUUCAAUACCCAGGUGGUUCCCCUGGGUAUUGGGGACAUUUUCCAAGGUCCUCCAAACCCUGAGCAGUUAUCAACAAUUUCCUGCGGUGGUGUGUCAAUUCAACGAGAAAACUUUGCUGAGCUCCUGGAUGACACUUUCCUACAGAGUGUAGUCUCUGAAGUCUGCAAAGACAAGAAAUGCCCAGACUACACAUGUCCAAUCUCUUUUAGUGGCCCGACAGACAUCACACUCGUUGUGGAUAGUUCUACCAGUGUAGGUAGCCGGAAUUUCAAUACCACCAAAAAGUUUGUGAAACGCCUUGCAGAACGAUUCCUUACAGCAGCCAAACCUACUGAAGAUGCUGUGCGUGUCUCUGUCGUCCAAUACAGUGGAAGAACCCAACAGAAACUAGAAGUUCCAUUUGAACAGAACUACACAGUGAUUGCUGAUACUGUUGACAAAAUGCAGUUUAUUAAUGACGCUACAGAUGUGAAUGCAGCCUUGAACUAUGUCACCAACCUCUUCCGUCGAUCCUCUCGCUCUGGUGCUAAAAAGAGGAUGCUCAUUUUCUCAGAUGGCAACUCUCAAGGCAUCACCCAGAGUGCCAUUGAGCGGGCAGUUCAAGAGGCCCGACAGGCAGGCAUUGAAAUCUAUGUACUGGUGGUUGGCACUCAAGCCAAUGAGCCCAAUGUGCGUGUGCUUGUCACUGGAAAAACUGCUGAGUAUGACGUGGCUUUUGGUGAGCGGCACCUUUUCCGGGUGCCUGACUAUGAGUCACUGCUACGGGGCGUAUUCUACCAAACUGUCUCCAGAAAAAUAUCUGUAGACUGAGGAAAGUGGCACAUAAAGGAGAAACAUAUAUUGAUUUUUAGAAUUAAAAAAGUAAAAUACAGAGUUAGCAACCGA